ACGUAUUUAAGAUCUUAAAUCCUCUUUCUAUCUCCCCUCCCCACCCCUGUCCUUGCUCCUCCAUCUGCCUGGAUUAGAGUGUCCCAGUCAAAACCGGUUUUGAAAUCAUAUGUUUCUGCCCGCCACACUAGAGAAUGAUAAGCUAGUCUCCCACACUUGAUAUUAAACUCCCCUUCAACCCAACCUCAACUCUGAUAAAGAGCUGAACUCUUCUUGUGAAUUCCAGUGGAUUACCGGUGAGAAGAGAGAUGGCGGGUUCCUUGUUUCGGUCGGAGCUCAUGAGUCGCUGCCAGCUCUACCUUCCUCCAGAAGCUGCGUUUAACUGUAUAGCAGAACUUGGAGAACUAGGCUUGGUUCAAUUUGUGGAUAUCAACCCAGAUGUAUCUUCCUUUCAGCGCCAGUUUGUCAGUGAGAUAAAGAGAUGUGAGGAGAUGGAGCGUAAACUCCGGUAUAUUGAGACUGAGAUUAGAAGAGAAGUGAUAGAUAUUGAUCAGGAUGAAAUUGAACCUCCAGCUCCAGCUCCGAGAGAAAUGGUAGAACUAGAAAAUAGUCUAACCACAGUGGAGAACAACUUGAAGGAGGUGAACACUAACUACGUAGCACUGAGGAAGAACCACCUCGAGUUGACGGAGUAUAAAAGUAUGCUCAAGAAAACAGAGAUAUUCCUCUCCGAGAGCAGAUUCAAUUUUCCAGACGCAGACGAGGGAACAAGAUUACUUGACGAUCUGGACGAUAAUGGAGGAAUGGACGUGAAGGAUGAUCAGUCCUCGAUGAAGUUUAAUAUUGUGGCGGGGGUAAUUGACCGGGCCCGCCAGAUCGCCUUCGAGAGGAUGCUGUGGAGAGUGUCCAAGGGGAACGUGUUUAUCAAGUUUGCUGAUAUUGAGGAGAGAAUGGAGGAUCCUAAAACCGGAGGAUCUCUUUACAAAUCCGUCUUCAUGAUUUUCUUUCAGGGUGAGGAGUUAAAAAUCCGUGUGAAGAAGAUCUGUGACGGAUUCCAUGCUUCUAUUUACCCCUGCCCGGAGAAGGGUUCGGAGAGACGGGAGAUGAUGAUUGGAGUUAAUACUAGACUUGAAGAUCUUCACACUGUUCUCACUCAGACUACAGAGCACAGGCAUAGACUGCUCCUUGCUGCUUCAAGGACUAUCAAAGCUAGUUAUGUUAAGGUUCGGAAGAUGAAGGCGAUUUAUCACAUCCUAAACCAGUUCUCUCUGAGGGACGCUCAACGGGUUCUGAUCGGUGAAUGUUGGAUGCCAACCUCGGAUAUUCCUAUGAUCAAGAACGCGAUUAAUAUUGGAGCACAGAACGCUGGUUCCUCUGUUACUCCGACCCUGGAACGUGUUCCUACGACGGAGGAACAUCCUACAUUCAACAGAACUAAUAAAUAUACUGCAGUGUUCCAGUCUCUGAUUGAUGCCUAUGGAAUAAACUCUUACAGAGAGGUGAACCCCUCCGUUUACACCAUCGCCACCUUCCCCUUCCUGUUUGCUGUUAUGUUUGGAGACGCUGGUCACGGUCUCAUCAUCCUCGUGGCGUCCUUGUGGAUGAUUAUUGCAGAGAAGAGCUUGGAGAAGAAGAGAGAGAUUUCAGAGAUAUUUAAUAUCUUCUUCGGUGGACGAUAUAUUAUAUUCCUCAUGUCAAUAUUUUCUAUUUACACAGGACUGAUCUACAACGAUAUAUUCUCUAAAUCCUUUAAUAUAUUCGGGAGCUACUGGGCAACCAACCUCACCUUCUCAGCUAGCGCUGACGAACCUAUUAAGCUUGGGGAUGUACGAAUGCUUGAUCCUAAGCAACCAGAACAGUAUAUCGGGAAUCCUUAUCCGUUUGGUAUAGAUCCGGUUUGGCAGUCCGCUACAAACAAGAUCAGUUUCCUGAACACAUACAAGAUGAAGAUUUCCCUCAUUUUCGGGGUCAUCCAUAUGUCCUUUGGUGUCGCUCUCAGUCUUUGGAACAAGGUCUCCAAGAGGCAUUAUCACGAGAUUUUCUUGGAGUUUUUCCCCCAGAUUAUUUUCCUUCUCUUCCUCUUCGGAUACUUGAUCACCAUGAUAUUCAUUAAGUGGGUUCUCUACGGAGCUAACUAUACUGGACAGUGGAGCGAGCACUGUGCUCCUAAUCUUCUCAUCACUUUCAUCAACAUGAUGCUCUUCAAGUCCGCAGAUAUUGACGAGAAGCUGAAGGAUUGCCACGUGGACGGGAUGUACUAUGAGAUCUACAUGUACAACGGGCAGGCGGGUUUACAGAAGUUCCUGGUUAUAUUUGGAGUUCUUAUGAUACCAAUCAUGUUACUUGGCAAACCUCUUCAUCAAAUGUACAGGAAGAAGCGAGACCGCGCUCGACGAGGAACAGCUCACCAUGAACUUCUGGAGGAGUCUAGCAGUGAUAGUGGGGAGGGUGAGGAGGUUGAGGAAGAGGGAAUGGGAGAAAUCAUGAUUCAUCAGGGAAUUCAUACUAUUGAGUACGUGCUAGGCUCUAUAUCUCACACUGCGUCCUAUCUUCGUCUUUGGGCGCUCUCCCUCGCUCACGCCCAGCUCUCUGAGGUCCUUUGGUCCAUGGUGAUGAGAAUGGGGUUCACGAAGGGGUAUGCAGGAUGCAUCAUGCUUUAUCUCAUCUUUGCAUUCUGGGCAUGCGCAACCGUCAGCAUUCUUGUUUUGAUGGAGGGUUUGUCGGCGUUCCUUCAUACACUACGUCUGCAUUGGGUUGAAUUCCAGUCCAAGUUCUACGAAGGAACGGGAUACUCAUUCGUUCCAUUUUCAUUCAGGAUUGUGUUGAAGGAGGCGGCAGCUGAUGAUAAAGAGGUGAUGAAAACCAUCUCAACUGCAUAGAUCCGUCCUGCAUUCUUCCUGCAAACUAUUUAUAACUUGGCACUAUGAUCUGAAUCAGUUUAUAAUUCUUGAUUGGCGUUUACUCGGACCGGACUUUCUGAAUUCCUUUCCGUAGAGUUGUGAUAUUAGAAGUUGUGAAAAUAACUUGGUGAUUUUUAUUAAUUCAUAUUUCGGAUAUUAUUUGUUUAUAAAUUCAACCUAUUUUAUACAAGAUGGUUUUACAAUAAAUAUAAACUUUAUGCUAAAAGAA